AUGGUUCGCCAGUACAUCCAACGGAUGGCAGCUGCGUCGCAACUGUUCCGACUUGGCUCACCGGUCAAACCGCUUCUGGUGCCUCCCCUUUUGACUUAUUUCCGCCCGGCCGUCACUCAACGAUUACUUCAUACCCAUUCCGUUCCUUCACCCGAUACAACCACCACUACCACUACCACCCAAGGUACUUCUUCUCCGUCUUUCGCAAAACCUAUUCGACUGUCUCAGCCGUCGAUCUCUCGUACCGAUUCCGAUUCCGAUACCGAGCCUUCUGACAAGUUUCACUUUGUCGCCCACGCUUCGUGGCAUCCGAAAACCCGUCGUAAUACCAAACGGCGAUCCGCUGCCACAAACAUUGGCAAUGUCGAUGCUGGGGAAGACGCUUUCUUUCAUACAAUGACCCCGGCAGGCAUGGCAUUAGGUGUAGCAGACGGGGUUGGCGGUUGGGCCGAAGUAGGCGUCGAUCCAGCUUUGUUUUCUUGGACAUUGAUGAACAACGCGGCUUACGUGGCCGAAGCGCAAGUGAUGGAUGCUCAUCAUAUCCUCGAUAAAGCUUUCAACGAAUUACAACUCAGUGGCAAAGUGGCCGCAGGCAGUUCAACGGCGUGUAUUUUGAACUUGUGCAAAGCAACAGGAAAGAUGACUACAUGCAAUCUGGGUGACAGUGCAUUUUUGUUGAUUCGUGACAGUAAAGUCGUCUAUGAAAGUCCAAGCCAACAGCAUUACUUCAACUGCCCUUAUCAACUUACCGUUGUCCCUGAAACCUAUCCCAACCGCGAUUUAUUCGUCACCGACAUGCCCAAAGACGGCGACCAGAAGAGCUUUUUCCUGAAAGAGAACGAUAUCAUUUUAUUAGCCACCGAUGGCUAUUUCGACAACGUUUAUGCCCAAGAGACCUUGGCAAUCGUUAAUGCCAAAAUGGAAUACAUUCUUGAUCAAGACAACCAGGUGUCGGACGAAGACGUGAUUGCCACUGUGAGUGAUUUAUCGCAAACCUUGGCUGACACCGCCCGACAAUUAAGCUUGGACCACAAGCGACUAAGCCCAUGGGCCCGAGCUGCCCAAGCACAUGGCAGUAAAUAUCGUGGCGGCAAAGUCGACGACAUCACAUGUAUCGUAACAUUAGUCCGCGGUCAAGGUUCCGCUGAUAAUGAAUAA